CAGGUGCGCAUGAGUGAGUGAUAAUGGACCCGAAGUACUCGCCCUUCGUCAAAGUUGACGACAUCUCGUGAGAUUCCGAGGCGCCUCGCCUCUCUCUGCACAUGAAAGCAAGCCGAACGACUGACUCUGAUCUGUCCGUGACGUUACCUUACUACAUUGACUUCACGAUACGUCGACCGGGGGACGAUCAUGGCCGACCACUCAUUUUCCGGUGGGGGCCCUAUCGAAACGCCCUUGCAAACGCGGAGCUUGUGCUUCUUCACAUAGCCAAGCAUGGUCCUGAGAGGGUUGACGUGGCACCUUUGCAAGUCGCGGAACCAGAGCCUGACUCAAUCCUUGUAAAUGGCUGGAAUCAGUUUCUUUGGGAGUUGCCGCCUGGCCGGGAAGUCCACAUGCGAGAAAAACUAACAGCAAAUUACCAAAGGUUACUUAAACCAGGUGAAAGCUACGAACUGCUGUGGCCGGGAGCCGAGAUACGGAUGUGGGACUGGGGAAGCAUGCAGGAACAUAUAGGGAAAGAGCUGAAGUCGAACAACAAUCGGGAGGAAAGGUUACCGCCGCUCAUUCUUCCCGCGUGUGAUAUCAUCGCUUUCACCGCGAGAGAAGAGGAAGAACCUUGGCCCGAGCGACCAAAGGCCACUACGGAUGCGGAGUUCCAAAGAGCGAAUAUGAAAGAGCAAGAAUGGCGGCUUGAAGCAGAGCGCAGAAUGCAUCCACCUCAGUCCCCGCCCCCGCGGGAGCCAUCUGAAAGAGAACCUGGUGCCCCCAUAUUUAGCAUGAAGAUCGAAUGUCCUUCAGAAUGGGCUUCUGACUCCACCAUUGACCUCACCAUAAGAGUUACUUACGCAGGAGUUCCUAAUGAACCGAACCCCAAACCUAUCACAUUUCACACCGAGGCCUUAAUCACCGGGGACGGCCCACGAGAUGGCAUCAGAUUAUACCGGCACCGUGACGGCUUGUGGGAGAGGAGCGAUCCCGCUGACGGUUUCGGCACCGGAUUUGGUAUUUUCGAUGAUCCACCUAUUCCCGUAAAGGUUGGGGAUGAGAAUGAUAAGAACUCCGACCGCUUUGAGAGCUUACAACCUGGCGAGUCGUGGUCUACACAGCGUCGCGUUCAGCAAGGAACGAGCUGGACAAGCCUUCCCAACGAUGUGAAAGCUGGUGAAGCAUUCAAGUAUGUGGUCAAAGGUGCCGUCGUGGAUUGGUGGGAUUGGGGUACGAAGGCAGAUCACCGGGAUACUGUCGUGAAGUUACCAUGCUGGAUUGCGGGCGAUGUUGUCGAACCGAAAGAUAACGGUGGAAGGCCGACGAUAGUCGUACCGGCCUCCAAUGAGAUAUAUUUCUCGUAUACUGGCUGACAGCGGGCAACGGAAGCUACGAGGGAGAAAAGCGGUUGGUCAUCGGCACAGAAAUCCGUGGUGCGACCCCUACCAGUCGUACGUAUGUCGACGUUCCCGGGAGUUAGUAACACGCGUAUAAACUGGUAUAGUUAUCUUAAGUCCUCUUCACAAAAAAACGAAUGCAAAAACAUACAACACCACGCUAUUCGCAGCUGGUCACCCACGCUACUACUCAACGGGCGCUACACGGCUUGUGUACAGUCGAUCGAACGAGAGGCUCAAUUUUCCGUGUGCUAUGGUCGUACGUGAUGAUAAUCAUAUUUAUUUAGCUGAUAUCGCAGUUCAAAUCUCUGCUCUUCUUAGGGUGAAAGAGUCCGGGAUACCCUAUGGUUACGUAACG